GGACGUGGCGGGCUGGGGCGGGCUGGGGCUGGGCGCAUGCGUGCCGCGUUCCCCGGGAAGCCGCCCGGCGCUCCUGCCCCGCGGCGCUCACAGCGCCCCCCAACGGCGGCGCGCUUGGAGGCCCUCAGCCGCGGCUGGGAGGCGGCGAGGCUGCGACGGCAGCGCUUGGCUCCGCCCCUCGCCCAGGGCCCGCCCCGGCCCCCAUCCCGGCCUCCUCGAGCGGCUGCUCCUCCUCCCGCUUUGAGGUUCUUUCCUGCGCUCGGCUCAGGGACGCAGCAGCGGUAGGGGCUGCGGCGUCAGCGGCGCUCGUUCGGCUCGCCUCGCCUCGCCUCCUUUGUGCUCGCGCAGCGGCGGCGCCGACCCCGGCAGCGCCUGCUCCGCUUCCUGCUGCUGCUCUCUCUGUUUUCACAGCCCCGCUCCCAGGCCGGAGGCCUCCGUCGGCUGCGCGGCCGGCUUUCGAUGCCCGGUGGCGUCUCCCGCUGAACUGCACGUCGGCCGCCGCCGCUGCCGCCUUCCUUCCCCGUGAGCGGAAAGCCAUGUCUGCGGCUUCGGGAGCUGGCUCCGCCGUCGAGGCGGGCUUCUCCAGCGAGGAGCUGCUGACGCUCCGCUUCCCGGUGCAUCGCGCCUGCCGGGACGGGGACUUGGCUGCGCUCUGCGCCCUGCUCCAGCACACACCUCGCGCCCACCUGGCUGCCGAGGACUCCUUCUACGGCUGGACGCCCGUGCACUGGGCCGCGCACUUCGGGAAGUUGGAGUGCUUAAUACAGCUGGUAAGAGCUGGUGCUACUCCGAAUGUCUGUACGACACGAUUUGCCCAAACACCUGCCCAUAUUGCUGCUUUUGGAGGACAUCCUGAGUGCCUGAUCUGGUUGAUCCAAGCUGGAGCCAACAUUAACAAACAGGAUUGUGAGGGUGAAACUCCUAUUCACAAAGCUGCACGUUCUGGUAGUAUGGAUUCUAUAAGUGCUCUUGUGGCUAAUGGAGCUCAAAUCGACUUAAGAAAUGCCAGUGGCCUGACAGCAGCAGAAAUUGCACAAACCCAGGGUUUCCAAGAAUGUGCCCAGUUUCUCUUAAACCUGCAGAAUUGUCAUCUGAAUCGUUUCUAUACUAAUGGCACCUUAAAUGGGGUUCAUCAGAAUGCAUUUCCUAAUCAUGUUAGUAGUGGGACAAAUCGAAAGCGGUCCUUGGAAGAUGUCGAGUCUGCUGGAAUAAAGAAGGCUAGAACUGAAGCUCAGAGCUUUGUUUGCUCCAUACCACAAGUGAACGGAGGAGCUGAUGAUGAUGCUGACAGUAUGCACAUUGAUAGAGAGUUUGCUGUUGUAUCAGAUAUGAAUAGCAGUAGCUCCGUUUUGAAUACAUUGACAAGUGGAUAUGCCACCAAUGGACAUUUGGACUUCCCUUCCACGACACAGCUCAAUGGGAUGGAAAACAGGAAUGGAGAAUGCUUAACAGCACCUAAUGGAAUUAGCAGUGAAUUAAUUCCAGGACUGACUUUUGCAAAUAGCCAGAAAACUCCCUCUGUUAAUGGUGCUGAAGAAUCAGAAAAGACAAUGAACAUUUCUCCUGAUAUGUGUGGCUCUCUGCAUCUGAACGGGAGCCCGAGUAGCUGUGUAGCUAAUAGACCUUCCUGGCUAGAUGACAUUGGAGAUAACUUGCACUAUGGACAUUACCAUGGGUUUGGGGACACAGCUGAGAGCAUCCCGGAGCUUAACAGUGUUGUUGAGCAUUCCAAUUCUGUCAAAGUGGAGGAGAAAUAUGAUAAUACUGUCUUGGGCACAAUGCACCUUUAUCAUGGCUCCUAAAAGUCAGUAGGUUUUCUUCAUUUGAAACACAUUGAUUCAUACUGUUGACUGACUUUUUGGGAGGAAAUAUCCAUGUAGCAUUAAUUUGGAGAGGAAUGCCACAACUGUCAUUUUUUUUUACAUUUCGAUUUAUUAGGAAAAGUAAAGCUUCCAUUUGGUGGUUUCCUAGUUAAAGUGAAGUCUUAGUUUGUUGCAUGAGUGGGACUUGGUGAUUAGGCAUUGUUACAGUGGGAUGCUCUUUGAGAAUUAAGUCCCUUUUUAACAUUGGUCACCAAGCCCAAUACUAGCACCAAAAAUUGCUAUUUUUCCUGUAAAAACUGAGUUGUAUACAAUGGAGAUAGAAAGCGAGAGGCCAAAAAUGUCUCCUAAUUACUUUCCUUAGCUUAUUAUACUUGGGCAUAGCUAUAAAAAAGCUUUCAUUUACUUUUCUAGUUGAGCCUAUAGUAAGAGAAGACCCAUGCUCUCUCUCUUUUUGUAAGGUCUGAACUAUUUCAACCUUAGAAUAGAUUUCUCACACCAAUUUGCAAUGUUUAUAUGGAGGAAAGGACUUUUGUCUUGAGUUCAGUGAUGUUUGAAAAUUAGUUUUCACCUUUCAUAUGGUAAAAUUUGUAAUUGGAUAUGUAUAGUCCAUUCUUUGGUGUCAGUUACCAGAUGAAAUAUUUGGCUUAUGACUUGAAUGAAGUAGAAUGGGUCAUAGCCCAGUGUUUGAUUACAAACAGAUAACCACCUGGAGUUAAUCCUAUGUUAGAAUAGUUUUAUCUUGCAUUUUACUUUAUGUGCUUAAUACUUUACCAUAGAUCGCCCACUGAAGGGAUAUUAGCACGGUUUUCUUUAUAUGCAAUGAAAAUUACUGUUGUUUGUAGAAUUUGUUAGGUCGGAGUAUUUCAAUUUGACUGUUUUUGAUACAUGUUGGAUUUCCCUUCCCCUCCUCCACUCUUUGGGAGUAUAUUCUGCUUUAGACUUCUUCUGCUAUGUAUAUCUAGCCAGUUGAGAGACCCUUGAGGGAGUCUCAUGCUGAAUUUGUAUUGUUUAUAGUUUUAUACAGGUCAACAUUGAUGCAGCUAGUAGCGACACUGUGCAAAUAUUGUAAUGAUUUUCUGCUUUGGUGAUUUCAUAAUGAAGAAUGGUGUGAUGGAGAAAAUGUCAAAUGAAUAAACCAGUGUCCUAAGAGAACUAUACCAUCCUUUUUUUGUUUGUUUAAAAAGGGACCUUUACAAAUUGAAUAAAAAAUAAAUUUCUUAUAUGCUCAACUUUC